GGCAGCAUGGCGGCCAAGCGGCGCGGGGCGGUAGCGGCGGCGGGGCAGAAGCGCGGGAAGCGGGAGGCCCGCGCUGAGCUGUGUGCUGCCCUCAGGGACGCGGCGCUGAGGGAGCGGGCGGCGGCGAGCUGGGGCCGCGGGGAGCCGCUCCGCCGCGAGGCGGCGGCGGCGGUGGUGGAUCCGGCCCCGUUCCGGCACGGCGUCAUCCCCGGCUUUUUGGCGAGCCCAGCCUUCGCGGAGGCGCUACGCGAUGAGCUGCUGGGCCUCGACUUCCGCGGGCGGCGGAACGACCUCCUCUCGCUGCGGCAGUCCGAGGAGCUGGGGGGAAGGCCGGAGCCCCACGUCGCCGCGCUGAGGCAUGUCAUGUGUGAUGAAUUCCGAGCGUGGCUUUCUGCUGUGACCCAGAUUGAGCUGGAGCCAACUAUUGACAUCUCUUGUGCUAAAUAUGAAUACACUGAUGUCUUGCUGUGCCACGACGACGAGCUGGAAGGCCGGAGAAUUGCUUUCAUCCUGUACCUCGUCCCACCCUGGGAGCAAAGCGACGGGGGAACGCUGGACCUGUUUAGCACUGAUGAACACUUUCAGCCACAGCAAAUCGUCAAGUCAUUAGUGCCUUCGUGGAACACACUGGUUUUCUUUGAAGUGUCUCCAGUCUCUUUCCACCAGGUGUCAGAAGUUCUGUCUGAGGAGAAGUGCCGCCUGUCAGUGAGCGGCUGGUUUCACGGCCCAUCAAUAGUCCGACCUGCGCGCCACAGUGAAGCUCCCUUGCCCAGGGGCCCGCACAUCCCCUAUGAUCAUGAAAUCUUGUAUGAGUGGAUCAAUCUAGUUUAUUUGGACAUGGACUCCCAAGCUCAAAUCCAGGAGGAAUUUGAGGAGCGAUCAGAAAUUCUUCUGAAAGAUUUUCUUAAGAAAGAGAAAUACCAACUCCUGUGCGAAGCUUUGCAGAACAAAGACAUCCAGUGGAGUAGCCGGGGUCCGGCCAAUAAAAGACUCUAUGAGGCAGCAGAGGAAGACAGCCUUCCUGACAUCCUGAAGAAAUUCCUGCAGUUCUUACGCUCUGAGGCCUUGUUUUUACUGCUUUCCAACUUCACUGGCCUAAAGCUGCACUUCCUGGCUCCCUCUGAUGAGGAUGAAGGUGCUGGGGAAGGAAGAGCAGUAGACACGGCUGGGCACAGCAGUCCCAAACUGGAGCAGGAAGAGGCUGAACAACACGCUGACAGCAAUCCCCAGCAGCCAGACACCAGCCCCGAAGCACAAGACAGUGAGACGCAGAAUGGCUCGGGUACUCCCGUGUGUGCAGGGGAGCUGAGGCGCUGGACCCACGGGCACUAUACUCUAGUCCAUGACACUCAAGCAACAGAAUUUGCUCUCGACCUGCUCUUCUUCUGUGGCUGUGAGGACUGGGAUCCAGAAUAUGGAGGCUUUACUUCCUACAUCGCUAAAGGUGAAGAUGAAGAGCUGUUAACAGUGAAUCCAGAGGACAACUGCAUGGCCUUAGUUUAUAGAGACAGAGAAACGAUGAAGUUUGUGAAAUACAUCAAUCAUCGCAGCCUGGCGCGCCUGAACAAGCAUCCGAACAGAGCAGGAUUUUGGGAUUUUUCCUUUGUCUAUUAUGAGUGAUGGGGCAGAGUGUGACCAUCGUCCCACAGAAGAGAGCAGUGGGGGGGAUUGGGGGCAGGUUUCCAGCCAGGCUUUCAGCUGGGGCCUGGCUAAGCCCAAACUUUGCUGCUGCUAACUUCAUCACGCUGUAUAGGAGCUCUACCCUACCACAGCGAGGUGCAGGUGACUUUUUUUAACUGUACAAACAGAAAUCCAGGCUGACAGCUUUUCAUGCUGUGUGGAGGGGGGGCGGGCCUUACAACACAACUGCCAGCUCCUCCAUCAGCUUCCCAGCUGUUCUCUUGUGGAAGUAGCACAGUGGGAUGUGUCUCUCAGCUGCCAGGGAGAAAAUUACAACUGUGCAUUGCCCCAAGCUGAUGACUGAUUUUUAUUACCAAAAAAAAAAAAGGAAACAGGUCAGUUAAAUGCUUCAAGCACUGGUUGGGCAAGUUUUGUUACAAAAUGCCCAGAACAUUUUUUGGGGCUUAACUGUGUUCGCUGUUUGUAGAAAUAAAGGAUCUGCCCUGGGAAA